AUGGGCGCUUCCAGCUCCCGCAACGAAUACGAAAAGGAAAAGGAAAAGAAAGAAGAAAUUCCCUUUCUUGAUCAGAUAGCAGUAGAUCGACUAUGUAGAGAGGCAUACACCGCCGGUGCGGAAGAUGCUGCUAUUCACUACCAGGGAGUAUUGGAGUCUCAGUGGCAACUCGAUGUGGCUGUUGGGGCAGGUGGAUGUGCAGCCACACUGCUCUUAUCGUAUAUGUACUUUAGUGCCCAAAUGGCAGAGAGGGAAGUGCGGGCUAAUCAACUCAUUAACGUGGAGAAAUCCAUGGUGCAACAACUGCAGCAGGAAAGUAAUGAGAUGCAAACCCGAAUGGCAAAUCUUGUAGAGGCAAACAGACAACAACAAAUUCGUCUCACAAGAUAUGAGACUCUGCUGCGGCGUACACGACAACAUCAGGCGAAAUUACGACGUACAGUUACACAAUUGCGACAACGUGGGGCUCAUCUCACGGGUGAAAUGAAUAACAUGCGAGAAUCGAUAACAAAAUUAAAUCAUCACAUGACAAUGGCACGAUACACUAGUAGUGGAAGUGUGGUAGUAGCGUUAGUUGGAUGUCUUGUUGCUAUGGUAUCUAUUCGAAGUGGUGAGAGUAGGAAGGAGUUAUCAUUGUAG